CCGCCCAGCGCCGCCGCAGCCGCCUGCUCCCAGUCGCGCGCGACGCGCCUCGCGGCUGUCUGCGCACCGAGCCCGCGCCCACAAGACCACGGGCACCGCGCGCGCCGCCUGAGUCGGAGGGCGAGUCCGUUGUCCGGCGAACCGCUGUCCCCAGGCCACGGAGUGGGCAGCGUCUCCGUGACAAGCUGCUGGAGGCGGCGGCGGAGGCGGCGCCGGGGCCCGGCCCCAGCUACACGUGGCGCCGCUACCUCAUGCUCCUGCUCUUCACCUUGACGUCGGCCUCCAACGCCGUGCAGUGGAUCCAGUUCGCCAUCAUCACCGAGCCCGUGAUGCGCUUCUACGGCGUGUCCGCCGACGACGUCAACUGGACCUCCAUGAUCUACAUGGUCACCUACGUGCCGCUCGUCUUCCCGGCCGCCUGGCUGCUCGACCGCAUGGGGCUGCGCGUGUGCGUGACGCUGGGCGCGAUGGGCACGUGCGCCGGCGCCAGCCUCAAGGCGUUCGCCGCCGAGCCCUGGCUGUGGUCGCUGGCCUUCGCCGGCCAGGCCAUCACCGCCAUGUCGCAGACGUGCCUGCUGGGCGUGCCCGCGCGCCUCGCCGCCGUCUGGUUCCCCAGCACGGAGCUCGCCUCCGCCACCGCCGUCGGCGUCUUCGGCAACCAGCUGGGCAUCGCCGUGGGGUUCCUGGUGCCGCCGUUCCUGGUGCACAACGAGACGAACGUGGACGACAUGCGGCCGCAGCUGCACCUCCUGUUCGCCAGCACCGCCGCCGUCACCGCGACGCUGCUGCUGCUCGUCAUCCUCCUGUUCCGCGCGGCGCCGGACGGGUCGCCUCCGCCGCCCGAGGAGCCCGUGUCGCUGGGCGAGUUCGCCAGCGGCGUGCGCCGCCUCAUGACGCACCGCAACUUCCUGCUGCUGCUGGUGGCGUACGCGCUCAACGUGGGCUCCUUCUACGCCGUGUCCACGCUGCUGGGCCAGGCCGUGGCGGCGCGCGUCAACGACAGCGCCGAGCACGCGGGCGUGCUGGGCCUCGUCAUGGUGGUGGCCGGCAUGUUGGGCUCCGUCAUCUGCGGCGUCAUCCUCGACCGCACGCGCAGAUACAAGGAGGUGACGCUGGCCGUGUACGUCAUGUCACUGGUGGGGCUGAUCCUGUACGCCGGCGCGCUCGCCUCGCGCUCGCUGGGCUACCUCUACUUCGCCUCCAUCUCCCUCGGCUUCUUCAUGACGGGCUACCUGCCGCUGGGCUUCGAGCUGGCGGCCGAGCUGACGUACCCGGAGCCUGAGGGCACGAGCUCGGGGCUGCUGAACGCCGGCGCGCAGCUGGGCGGGCUGGCGUCGACGCCGGCGUACGCCGCGCCUGCUGGACAGCGCGCGGCGACCUUUGUGGCGCCAACGCCGGCUGUUGCCGCCGCGCUCCGCGCUGGGAUGGGGCGUGUCCCGUGCCGCCCCGUCCACCUCCCCAACACGUGCUUCCACUCGCGCGCCCGCGUGCGUGCGACCCCGCGCCUGCUGGACGCCCUGGACGUCGCCCACGUCGACGACUAG